AUGGACAGCGAUAACCCUCAGUCCGUCUUCAGUGUACUGUCGGACGUAGUGGAUAUAGCAGCGUCAAAGGGUAAGAAGAAUCAUCCCACACCAUUCAUCGUCAAGCAUACGUUAUUCUUCUUCCCCAUCUUAGUAUUCAUUUCCGCUGGUAUCUUGCUCUUGUCAUUUGCCGUACCUAGGAUAUAUCGAUUUAUCAAGUCUCUCCUACCCAAAAGAGAAUAUCAACCUUUGUUAGUGGACGAGAAUGAUGAUGAAGAAGAGGUCGAAUCGGCUGAACCACCCACGCCUACUCAACCUUUCAUGCCUUCAGGUGGAUUAUGGUCUGAUCUCUCGGCUCACAUCAGAUCGAUGAAAGAGUAUGGUUCAGUCCUUUUCUUCCUCGAAGUGAUCAGAACUCUUUGUAUCGCUACCUUACUCGGUCUAACGGUUUACGCAGCGAUCCAAGCUGAGUCGCCCGACAAGAAAUCACAUCUUCAAGAACUCGGUCUGGAAGAUGGUAUGAUAGAUAUUGAGGGGCAUUGGGGGAAGAAGAAACAUAAGAAGAAGAAGCACAGGAAGAAUAGAGUGGACGAUUACUCAAGUCUUGAAUGGGGAGAAUUCGGUGUCUGUGGAUACUACACCUACACUCUCAUAUUCUCAUUCCUCCUUCUCACACUUCGGCCCGCUACACCCCUUCGACGACAUCUCAUCGCUCAUGUGGACACUCUCCUUUUCAGCGGAUGGUGUAUCUACGCUUAUCGAGACUUGUGGCCUUUGCUCACUUACAACCUCGUACCGUCCGAUAUCAACAAUGCUGUCACUUGGUCGCGAGUAGCCAUACUCUCCGUCGCAGCCGUAUUGAUUCCAUUGCUCAGACCUAGAACAUACACUCCUGCCGAACCUGCGAAUCCUACUCCGGAAGAUGAGAUUCACCCCGAACAAACAGCUCCUUGGUUAUUUUACGUCUUUUAUGAGUACAUGACUCCUCUAGUAUGGAAGGCUUGGAAGACUCCCGCUUUGCCUUACGAUGACCUACAUCCAUUGGCGGACUACGAUCGAGCAGAAUUCCUCUACAGUAAACACAUCGACGCCCUUGACCCUAUUCGUCGACGAGAAAAUGGUUUGAAGCAACGUAACUUGUUGAUCGGUCUCUUGGACGUGUUCAAGAAGGAAGUCGCCAUUGUCUGCGCUAUGUCAGCUCUGUCAGCCGUUGCCGAAAUGGCUGGAUCAGUCGGUAUCAACAAGUUGUUAGAUUACCUCGAGAAAGAUGGGAAGGGAGCCACCUUGAGACCUAUCGUAUGGGUCGCGUUCCUUUUCGUCGGUCCUACUAUCGGUUCUUUGACUAUCCAAUUCUACAUUUAUACCACCACACGAGCUCUGGUCCGAAGUGAAGCGCUUCUUACUCAAUUGCUCUUCGAUCACGCCUUAAGGUUGAGGAUGAAGGAUGCUAUAGAAGAUGAGAAAAAGGAAGAGAUCUCCGCGGCUGGUACCCCCGAAAUCAGAAUUGAAGAUGUCACUCAACCUGCUCCUGGUGCGACAGAAGCUCUACUGAAUGACGAGGCAGCAACAAACGAUGACACCGAGGUUGGAAGCUCCAAUGGAACUGCGAAGAAAGACGACAAGGAAGCUGCUGCUGAUGCGGAAGCCAAAAAGGCAAAGGGACAAGGUCUGGCGGGAAAAAUUAACGUAUUGAUGGCUGCAGAUGUCGAGUCGGUCCUUGAAGGUCGUGACCUCGCGCUCGUUUUCGUCUACACCCCUAUCCAGCUUGCAUUGUGCAUUUAUCUGCUCUAUAAAAUCCUUAGUUGGAGUGCCCUGGUCGGCAUGUUAACCAUGGUCAUCACUCUUCCCAUUCCCGGUUUGAUCACCAAGCUCAACGCGCGAUACCAAUACAAGCGAAUGGCCGCCACAGACUCACGGGUAGACUCAAUUACAGAAGCGAUCGGUGCGCUGAGGAUGAUAAAGAUGUUCGGAUGGGAGGGUAGGAUCAAAGAACGUAUCGCCGUAAAGAGAGAAGAUGAGCUGCAGUUGAUCUGGCAGCGAAGAUUGAUGAGCUUAUCCGUUGUCAUCCUCAACAACAUUCUACCUGUCUUGACUAUGGUCGCUACUUUCGCUAUGUACACUCUUGUCCAAGUAUUCACUAGUAUGGUCGUAUUCGAGCUUGUCAAGAGUCAAAUGGGCAUGUGUUUCUAUCUCAUCAACUCCUUCGUCACCGCAUGGGUGUCACUCCAGAGAAUCGAUAAAUUCCUCACAUCGAGCGAGAUGAUCGAUGAGUACUCUGAAGGCAAGAUUGCGACAAUCAAAACAACCGAGCAACUCGAAGCGGAGACCGAGGGUCUGAUCAGAAUCCAAAAUGCUACAUUCAGCUGGGGUCCUGUCGAGAAUGGCAAUACUCAAGACUUCAGUCUCAGAAUCCCGGAAGUUACUUUCGUCAAGGGGAAGAUCAACUUGAUCACCGGUCCUACUGGUAGUGGAAAGUCUUCUCUUCUCAAGGCUCUUGUUGGCGAAUUGCAUUUCGAGCAGAAGCAAGGAUCCUUCUUCCACCUUCCAAGAGAAGGGGGAGUGUCUUACGCUGCUCAGGAAAGCUGGUGCAUGUCAGAUUCUAUCAAGGAUAACAUCUUGUUUGGCGAGCCAUACGAAUACGAUCGAUAUAUCAAAACUCUCCGAGCGUGUGCUUUAGAACCUGAUUUGAAAUUGUUCGACGACGGCGACAAUACAGAGGUCGGAGAAAAAGGGAUUACUUUGAGUGGUGGUCAGAAAGCCAGAUUGACUUUGGCUAGAGCUGUCUACUCCAAGACUGACAUCGUACUCCUUGAUGGCGAUUUGAUGAAAGACAGAACCGUUCUGUUGAUUACCCACCACGUCGGUCUCGCCGCACCUAUCGCCGAUUACAUGAUUGCUUUCAACCAAGAUGGUUCUGUCAAAUCACAAGGGCCUAUCGAAGAUUCUGAAUUCCCAGACGAAGAUGUUGAAAAAGAAGCUCAAGAAGAUAUCAAAGCGUCUGAAGAAGCCAUCUCAGCAGAGCAGAGGGCAGAAGAAAAAAAGCCAUCUCAUAAGUUGGUGAAGGAUGAGGAGAAGAGUGAAGGUAGAAUAUCAAAGAGAGCUAUGAUCUCGUUUUUCAGUACCUUUGGCGGACCGAUCUUCUGGUUAUUGUACUUUAUCCUCGUACUAGGCGGGCAAGGAUUCAACGCGUUCCAAACUUAUUGGUUGGGUAGAUGGGCUAAAGCCUACGAAGAAUCUGAUCAUCCUGAAAGAGUAUCUGCUGUAUAUUACUUGGGGUUAUACAUCGUUUGGGUCUUGUUAAGUAUGGGCUCAUUAGCCGGUUCAGCGGUCCUCUUCUACGUUGGAGCAAUCAAGGGUUCACGCGAGAUUCACAAAAAAUUGACAAAUAUGAUAUUCGGAUCAUAUAUGAGAUUCUUGGAUUCCACACCUGUUGGAAGGAUCGUCUCAAGAUUCACUAAAGAUAUGAAAAAUGUCGACGGAUCUUUCACCGACACCUUCUCCGAAGUAGCCGACAUCACCAUUGGUCUCGUGCUGAAAUUCGCAGUUGUCAUCGCCCUAGUACCUAUAUUUUCUAUCCCUGCUCUUGUCAUUGGAGCUGUUGGCGCGUUCUUGGGUGAAGUGUAUAUUCACAGUCAACUUAGUGUCAAGCGAGAGAUGUCAAACGCCAAAAGUCCCUUGUUCUCGCAUUUCUCAGCUGCGGUCAACGGUAUCGUAUCCAUCAGAGCUUACGGUGCACAACAAAAACUCCGAGCUGAAGCUCAGCGAAAGGCCGACAAAUACACUAGAGCUGCUACUGCUCUACAACCUCAAUCGAUGGCUGCCUUCUUAGUGUACGGUGUCAGACUUGACGCUUCCACCACUGGUUUCGCAUUGAGUCAAGCAAUUUCGUUCUCGGCUAUGAUUUUGUGGUGGGUCAGGCUGGUCAACGAGAUGGAAGUGCAAGGAAACUCAGUCGAGAGAAUCGAAGACUACUUGGUGAUUGACCAGGAACCGAAAGCUGUGGAAUCGAAGCUACCCCCUGCCUCAUGGCCUACGUCCGGCUCUAUCGUCUUAGACAAAUUAUCCGCCCGAUACUCACCAGAUGGACCGACCGUACUCAAUAAACUGCAAGUUAACAUUGCAAGCGGUGAGAAAGUGGGUAUAGUUGGUAGAACAGGCAGUGGUAAAUCGACUCUGGCUUUGGCACUAUUGCGUAUGAUUCCUACCGAAGGAAGCGUCGUGAUUGAUGGUAUCAAAACGGAAGAUAUCAAUCUGCAUGCUCUAAGGAGUCACGUCACCAUUAUUCCUCAAGAUCCUGUUCUCCUAUCUGGUAGUCUACGAUUCAACCUUGAUCCAUUUGGCGAACAUGACGAUGCGGAACUGAAUGAUGCCCUCCAAUCGUCAGGUCUUGGUCAGACUAGGAACCCCACGCAGGAGAACGGCGGGACAGCUACACCCCAGAGAUUGUCGCUCGAUACACAGAUCGCGGCUGGAGGAGGUAACUUGAGUCAGGGUCAGAGACAGCUCGUAGCCCUUGCAAGAGCGUUGGUAAGGAAUAGUAAGAUAUUGAUUUUAGACGAGGCAACUGCAUCAGUAGAUUUCGAGACGGAUGCAUUGAUCCAAAGAUCCAUAAGGGACUUACCAUCCUCCACAACCGUCUUGACGGUAGCUCAUAGAUUGACGACUGUGAUGGAUUACGAUAAGAUCUUAGUAUUGGGUUCAGGAAAAGUUUUAGAAUUUGAUUCACCGAAUAAUCUAAGAAGUAAUCAAAAUAGUUAUUUCGCAAAGUUGGUUUUGGCCAUGGAAGGUGGUACGGUCAGUAGACAGUCUGCUAUAAGUACUUAA